ACAAGGCCUUCAAACUUAGCCUGCCGCUUUCUGCUACCAAAUCUAAGUAUCAACUUCCGGUUUUCUCAUUCUACUUUCACUUUUGGGGGUUUGUUGAUAUCGACGUGAUAGUUUUACCGUAUACCGAAUUUGUAGAUAUAUUGUACUCAUGGAUCUUGACGUUGUGUUGUUUGUCCUCCUGAUGUUGGUGACAAUUACAGAGACAACAUUAUCAAAGACUGACAAGAAGAAGGAGAGACCCCACGAGGUAAAACUCAGCUCUGUCAAUGUUAGAGACAGAGGUUUGGUAACAGAGAAGCUGAAGUCCAAGGACAUUAUCAAAGAGCAUUCCUCGUAUUGUGACAGGGACCGUGAGGUCAAACACUUUCCCGGGAUCACUCUCGCUUACGUCACUCCAUGGAACAGUCAUGGCUAUGACAUAGCCAAGAUAUUCUCCCAGAAGUUUUCCUACGUGUCACCCGUGUGGUUACAAAUCAAAAGACGGAAAGGAGGGACUUUCUACAUACAGGGGGACCACGACAUUGAUCAGGGUUGGGUUGAUGAUGUCACGAAAGGAAAACCAGCUGAAAUGGUUCCCAGAGUCCUCUUUGAUGGCUGGAGUCGAUCAGACUAUGAAAGUUUAUUUUCAAGUGAAGACGCUAUGGAAGAUUGUGCUAAUGCUCUUUUGAAAUUCAUAAAAAAGAAGAAGUUUCCUGGUGUAGUGGUGGAGAUCUGGUCCCAGCUGGGUGGACAGUACAGACAAGAACUGGUUCAUUUCCUAAAGCAUCUGGGUGAGGCUUUUGAUCAGGGAGGAAAAACAUUUAUUUUGGUGAUUCCUCCUCCAGUUUAUCCAGGGAAUAUUGCUGGAAUGUUUGGUAAAUCAGAAUUUGAUGAACUUGUUCCAUAUGUGGAUGCUUUCAGUUUAAUGACUUACGACUUUUCAAAUCCCUCAAGACCCGGUCCUAACAGCCCACUGUCCUGGGUGGAGUCCUGCGUGUUGGCCUUGGCCCCCGAAGAUGACCCAGAGGUCAGACAGAAAAUUUUGCUGGGGUUGAACUUUUAUGGCAAUGAUUAUUCCGUCGGAAAGGGUGGUCCCAUUGUCGGAAAUCAAUAUUUAGAAAUUUUAAAGAAAUCCAAACCUAAAUUUAAAUGGGACACAGAUUCAGAGGAGCACAUUGCUGAAUAUAAAAUGGAUAGCAGAAACAGCAUAAUUUACUACCCAACAUUACUGUCACUACAGAAACGAAUAGAGCUCGCUAAACGACUCGGGACAGGAAUCUCAAUCUGGGAAAUUGGUCAAGGACUGGACUAUUUUUAUGAUUUAUUGUGAUAGCUGCGUAUUCGUAAUAAAUUUUACACCAUUCUGGAGCUCUGAUGCUGAGAAUAACUUUUUGGAUAGACAGAGACAAGCUGCUCGCCAGAAUUAACUCCAUUUUUGAGUGGUUAUUUUUGUCAUCUUGUAUUGAAGGGAUAUUCUUUUAAUAACUGCAUAUUUAACUCCAAAACUGAUUUGUCACCAUCACUCUUAACAUCUUGAAUAGACAUCACAUACCACUCUUACUGUGAGCAAUAAUAAUUGUUUAAUCAAUUUGACCUGAUAUAAUUUUUGCUGUAUUUCCACAUCAUCGGUGGCAUAUAUUCCUUCUACGUUUUAUUGCUUUAAAAAGUUAAUUGUGUUUAUAAAUGCUAUAACAUUU